CUCCGCUACAACUACGUCUUACAUUGUGAUAUCCGUCUCCCAUCCAUUCCUCUUUUUCUUUUCUUUUAUUGAAUCUCAUCUAAACCUCCAUUAUCCCGCUGUCCUCUCCACUCUGCUCCCAUUCACUAGCCAUGCUCGCCUCUCUGAGAACCACGGCCUCCGCCGUUAAAGCUGCCCAGCGUAUGUUCAGCAGUUCUGCCAAGGCUGCUGCCAAUUACGACAGUACUGUUAAGAACAUGUUGAUCAACAAGCAGACCAAGGUUGUUUGCCAAGGAUUCACUGGCAAGCAGGGUACUUUCCAUUCCAAGCAGGCCAUUGAGUACGGGACCAAUAUGGUUGGAGGCGUCUCCCCCAAGAAGGGUGGCCAGACUCACUUGGGACUCCCUGUCUUCAAUACCGUCGCUGAUAUUGCUAGGGAACUCAAGCCUGAUGCUUCAGUCAUCUACGUUCCUCCUCCCAUGGCUGCCGGCGCCAUCAUGGAAGCUAUUGAGGCUGAGAUUCCUUUGGUUGUUGCCAUUACCGAAGGUAUUCCUCAACAGGACAUGGUUCGCGUUGUCAGAGCUUUAAAGACUCAGGACAAGACCCGCCUCAUCGGACCCAACUGCCCUGGUAUCAUUGCCCCCGAUGCCUGCAAGAUCGGUAUUAUGCCCGGCCACAUUCACAAGGUUGGAAAGAUCGGUAUUGUCUCUCGUUCCGGUACUCUUACCUAUGAGGCUGUCAAUCAGACUACCGAGGUUGGCCUUGGUCAGUCUCUUUGUGUUGGUAUUGGCGGUGAUCCUUUCAACGGAACCAACUUCAUUGACUGCUUGACCUUGUUCUUGGAGGACCCUAACACUGAGGGUAUCAUCAUGAUCGGUGAAAUUGGAGGCAGCGCCGAGGAGGAGGCUGCCGAGUUCCUGAAGAAGUACAACUUGACCCGUGAAAAGCCCAAGCCUGUUGUCUCCUUCAUUGCUGGCCGCACUGCCCCUCCUGGUCGCCGCAUGGGCCAUGCUGGUGCCAUCAUUGCAGGAGGCAAGGGAGGUGCCGAUGACAAGAUCAAGGCCUUGGAAAGCGCCGGUGUCGUGGUCUCGCAAAGCCCUGCUAAGCUGGGAGUUCUCAUGCGUGCACAAAUGGAGAAGGCUGGAUUGGUCUAAAUUACGAACCUGUUCAAUAGCAACAACAAUACUGCUAAUACUGCUCCUCCGUUUUGAUCAUAAUACUUCUUCCUCGCGACUAUUUGAAUCCUUUCAUCAAGUUCAAAUCAUCCUCCAUGCCCCAAUAAAAUGAUAUCUGUUUUUAUCCCAU